AAAAACACUCGUAAGUCAUAGCUCUACAUAAUACACUUUUACAGUGAACUGCUUUAGUCUCACUACUUCACUACUUCACAGUCACUUAUAUUAAAAACAUUGAAAAAUGUUUCAACGAGGAAACCAAUAACAAUAAAGUGUCAAAGAAAGGUAUGAGGAAGUUUUUGAACAAUCUGCAACCAUUAAGCUCCGACAAGGAAAGCUUGAUGGGUGCUCGUAGGACACCGCAGGACAUGGCGAUCGAAGGAAAAUCCUCAAAACCUGACCAGACAUUCGACAAGACGGAAGUACACGCUAAUGAAACGUCUUCUGUUGUUUCGUCGCUGUACAUAGAAUUGUUAACUGAAGAUCUUACUUCUGAAGCUGGCCCGAGUGAAAAAUAUUGGGAAGUGAUCUCUGAACGUCGAAGGAAAGCUUUAUUAGAAGCAUUGGAAGAACAUGAACGAUUACAAGCAGCAGCUAUUGCUUUAGAAGAAGAGAAUUGGUCUUUGGAGGUAUUGAUGGAUAGCACUACUGAUCUUGUUAACACACUUAAGGAAAUGAUAAAUAAGGAAACUUCUGAUGACGAUCAUGAGGCGUCUAAUGAACAGGAAGACAGUGGUUUAAGUACGCCCAACAGUUAUUCAAGUGAAAAACAUAUUGAUAAGAAAAUGAAGACUUCACCAGAUGAUAAUUCAGAUAUUGACUAAGAAAGUUAAAUUAUACCUAUACUUAAGUGAUACAUUAAAUUUUUAAGUUGCUAACAUAAUAAUAACAUUAUUUUGCGAAAUAUCAAAAGUUUCUAGUAGGUUUAUGUUAAUUUAUUUAUACCAUAAGGAUAUUAUAUUAAUUAUGUUUAAAAAGUAUUAUAAGUAUAUUUUUAUUUCAUAUUCAAUCAUAUAAUUGUUUGGUAUAUAGACGUAAAAUUACAAAGUGGACCAAAUUGCAGUUUAUAUUGUUAAAAAAAUUAAUUGCCAAUCUUUUUAACUUUACACAAGGCUUCAACUCCUUUAAAUGGAAAAUCGUUACCUACCCACUUAUAUUCUGGUUCUUGCACCCAAUGAUAAAAUCUCAUUAAGUAUUUAGGUAGAUAAAAAUUUUCAGACAAAAUAUAUAGUUGAAAGAAAAAAGAUACUGUUGAUAAGUAGCCAAAGGAGGUAUAAUGAAUGACUAAUACAAAUUUAUAGGUUUGAUCGUAUUGAUAGGUAUUGAAACAAAUUUUCAUAAGUACCUACUUCAUUACUUCGAUAGUAUAUUAUGUACAUAUGUAUGCUAAAAAUUAAUACCCAUUACCCAACAAAAAACUUUGGAGGAGUGGCAGCUUCUCUAGACCCCCUACUACUAAUUUUUCCUGCGAUGAUCCAAUCGUGAAAUAAAGCAAUUUUUACCGAUUUCAAGUAGCAUGCUGUAUUUUCAUCAAGGAUUUCGGCGUAACUGAAGGCGCAAUAACAUUAAAAACGUAUCAUUAAAUUUCCAUGUGAUAAGUUCUUAUGCCCUAUCCAUUCUUAUAUUAUCUAUGGCUCAGUGUCCUUCAAUUAUUCAUAUUAUAGUUCACUUAUCUGGUGCCCAUAUUCUAAAAUUGACAUUGAUCUUACUGAAAGUGUCCAAAAUCGUUGUUUCAGAUUCGUAGCCUACAAAUUUAACAUACCCAUUUUACCUCCCUGUCUAUUUAGUUUUAUUUUUACAAUACAACACAUGAGCAAGACCAUAGGAGUAAUAUAGAGAUGACGUUUAGAAAUAAAUUGAAGCGACAAAUGCCUAUUAAAAUGCAGUUAAUAAAAAUAUUAAUAAAUUAAGUUAUAUUUAGAAUUUGGUAUUUGUGAUAACAAUAGUUAAAUAAACUUAAAUUUACUGAUAAGUCAAUAGUUACAAGCUAAUGACAACAUUUUUAUUAUGAAUUUAUUAUGUGUAACAUGUAAAUAAAUUGUUUAUAUUAUUAUAAACAGCACAUUAAGAAGUUAUAUGUUGGAAAGUAUUUAAUCACUUAUAUAAGUUAAAUUUAUUAAUUUGUUUUAUAAAUCUAAUUCAUAGGUAAGGGGAACAGACAGAUGAUGACAACACUUGGAUAUGCCCAACCUCAUAAUUUAAAUUAUAUUAUAUUUAAGUAUAUUUUGUAUAUCUUCUAUAAUUUAUUUAUUAUUCCAGACGUAGGAAUAACAUAAUUAUUUAGUAUAGCAUAUUAAAUUAUGUGAAAAUAAUU